AUGGAAGCAAAUUCCUUCACCUACAUGCAGACGCGCUUCACGCCCGAAGCCAAAAAUUCCCUCAGUCUUCUUGGUGAUGUUGAUGCCAUAGAUACAAGUGCUCAAGUGCCUCGACAGAUCCAAGAGACCGAUAGUGGCGCCGGAAACGUACCGCGACAAUCACUAAACCCGCGCAUCCAAUUUUUGCGUCUUUCAGCAAUUGUAAGAGGCAGACAGGGCGUCGCUGGUUCAACACCUCCAUAUCAACCGCUGCCACCAUCGCUGCAUCGUACAGUCUCCGACGGAGACGACGAAAGUCCCGAUCAUUUGUUCGAGCGUUUCUCAAGCUCGCCUCUGCGCAAUCUCGCCUACUCAGUGCCAUAUCCGGGGCAUGAGUCACCACCCAGUCUCACAAGUACCCGCCAACCCCGUCUGAAGAACUAUCACAGAACUCGAUCUCUCAGACCACGCAAGAUGCCUCAGACCGGAUUCCAAGCCCUUAUCCUUUGCGGUCCAGGUAUAGGCUUGAGCACAUUCACCAGCACGCCCAAUGAAUUCCCUAAGGCUCUCGUCGAAGUAGGAAACCGGCCCAUGAUCUGGUAUGUCCUAGAUUGGUGCUACCGCAUGGGCGUUACAGAUAUUACGCUGAUCGCUCCACCAUCGUCAAAAGAGCCCAUUGCAGCCGCUCUCGCACAAAACCCCUACCUCACUUCUCUGCCUUCACCAAGUCCCGACCUCCUCGCACCACAAGACCUCGAAUUCACAACCCCUACAGCCGAACUCAUCCGACUUCCAGAGGUCCAGGAAGUGAUCAAAUCCGAUUUUAUACUCUUGCCAUGCGACCUCAUUUGCGCCAUACCUGGAGAAAGCUUCCUCGAGACGUAUCUCACCCGUCUGGGCGGACCUGGAGGCAUCGGCCACAACCAAGAUGCUGAGACGUCACGCAGUGAAUUACUGGGUCUUGGUGGCGAGUCUCGCGGUCGUCGUGGCGGCUUGAGCAUAUGGUACAACACUCUCGAUCGCGAGGAAUCCGUCAAACAUGAAGAAUGCGACUUCAUGUGCACCACGAAACUCGACCCGGAACAGGACAUUCCUUCAUCACUAAGCAAAUCCUCUCUCGAUCAAGGCAUCCUCCGGAAACUCGUCUGGGCUAUGCCCAUGUCCGAACUCUGGGAUCAAUGCGAAGAGGACAAGGCUUGGAAGAUCCGCCAGUCUCUACUCCGCAAGCACGGUGCGAUAAAAUGUCUUACCAAGUAUCGCGACGCGCAUAUUUAUUUCUUUCCUUUCUGGGUCAAGGACUUUGCGAAUCUCAACGAGGACUUUGAGUCAGUCAGCGAAGAUCUUGUCGGGACGUGGGCCAAAGCAGAGUGGCGGAAGCCUUCCUAUCGUGCGCGUUUUGGUGCGAGAAAGAUCUUCUCACCACAGCCAAAGAGCGAUAGAGCGCCGCUACCUAACCACGAGAUUCCCAUUGAAGAAGAGAUCGAUCUGCUCAGCUUGAGUAGCACGCAAAUCACCACGCCAGCACUAGCAAAUUUGACGCCACAUGUACGCACAGCCAGACUUGCCACGAGAGUCCACGCCGACCCUGACGAUAGUAUCCUCUCGCCCGGCGGCGGAUCUCAAGACGACCACGAAGAAGGUCCAGUCCCGCUUGUCCCCCCAAUCUUGUCAUACAUCCUUCCUUCUACUCCUGAUGCUCCGCUGGUUCGACGAGUCGAUACUACGCCUCUACUACUUUCAGUGUCACUCGCUCUUGCAAAGGUGCCCUCGGUGGAAGAGUCGAUUGCGGCAAAGACACAUGUAUCACCGUUCGCCCACCAAGUCAAAGUGCACGCUACGACCACAAUUGCGCCAAGAGUCACGAUUUCCCGGUCAGACACUCUUAUCGACAGCAACAGUACGAUUGCCACGCAAUGUGUGAUCAAGUCUAGUGUAAUCGGUGCGAGCGUGGCCAUUGGCACUGGAAGUCGAAUUACCGGAUGUGUGAUCAUGGAUGGUGCUACAAUAGGAGAUAAGUGCGUCCUCACAAACACUGUGGUGGGAAAGAAGGCCAAAAUCGGCAACAAGAGCACACUCGUGGGCUGUGAGGUGCAAGAUGGCAAUGUUGUCGCUGACGGAACCGAGGGAAAGAACGAAAAGUAUCUUGUUGGUGGGUUAGAGGAUGAAAUGGAAGACGAUGAGAUGGGGUUUGACGAGGGUGAUGAUACUGGCGAUGGUGAAGGAUUGAGUCUUGGAGACUAA